AUUAUAUUUGUUACAUUAUUUGAGUUUGCAAGGCUGAAACUCUCAACAACCACCAACACCACCACCACCACCACUACCACCCCAAGCAGCAGAUGACUGAUAAACCCUCCUCCAGAACCCGAACCGAAAAGUAAUCCCUCUCUCUCUCUCUCUAAAUUCUUCAUUAACUACUUUCUCUCUCUCUAAUUCUUCAUUACCUGCUCUCUUCUUUGUUUCUGUGAAUCGCGGCUUCGAGGCUAGUAGGCAUUGCGAUGGAGUAAGGUUGUCCGGGCAAGUUUGGAGAUCUGGUGAAAUGGAAGACUGUGUCUCUGCUGUGAGGAGAUGGGAGGACUUGGAGACGGAUAUUUUGGUCAAGAUUUUUCAGUCGUUUGAUGUGUUUGAGUUAACUUCCGGAAUAGCUCAUGUUUGUAGUGGGUGGCGUUUGGCGUGCUGUGAUCCUCUGCUGUGGAAGACGUUGGAUUUGUCGAUGAUGAAAUCUAAUUUCAUCAAAAUCCCGUCGGAGCCUUAUGUAUAUGUGGAUGACCCGUCCGAUAAGCUCUUGUCUCGUUUGUUGAAGAUUUCCAUGAGUCUCAGCAGGGGAAACAUCACGACCUUGAUUUUUCAUUUCAACUUAUAUGUGAGCGAUGAUCAGUUGACUUAUACUGCUGAAAGGUGCCCAAAGCUGAAACGACUAGUUUUACCAGGUUGGAACAGAAUAAAAAAGACAGGAAUCUGCAAGGCCAUUUCCUGCUGGAAGGAUCUUGAAUCCUUGACAAUGCCUAGCAUAGCGAAUCCCCCAUACUUCAUAGAAGAGAUUGCCAAGAACUGCAGGAACUUCAGAGAACUAAAGAUCAUGGGUCCUUGUGAUAUCUUUUUUGCUUCAACCCUAGUUGCAUAUCUUCCUAAGCUGAAGGUUUUAAGCCUCCGGUGCUCAAUGCUCCUAAGGGAGGCUCUCCUCAUGAUCUUGGAGGGCCUACCACAGCUAGAAGUUCUGAAUAUUUCGCAUUGCCUUCUUUUCGACCUCUCUCCAUCGCCUACAUCUAAAAAAAUUUUGAGAGAGAUCGAUCCUUUUAUCCAUGAGAAGGCCUCUCGACUACGCAGGUUUUUGACUUGCAGUCAAGACACCUGCGUGAUGUGCCAAAGGACGAAAACCGACGAGGGGAUCUUGAGGUGGUACAAGUAUGAAGAAGGGCUAUGGAAAGAAGACGAGGUGAGCUCCCUUGCUCAUUGAUUAGAGCAUGAGAAUGCAACUGUAAUCUAGUUGUUUAGAAGCUAUAUAUUGUGUAACCUUUGCCUUUCGUGAUUGUGUUGCUGUAUGACACAAUAAAACUUUUACCUCUAUUGACAUAUAAAAUACCUGAUGGAGAGCUGUAUUACUGAAUAAUAUCUGUGUUGGUAUACUGUUGUAUAAUCUAAGCUCUCCUCUGUACCCAAAGAUGUCCACAGUCUGAUAAUCAGGACCAGGAAGUAUUGGAAUCUUUCAUAGAAAUGUAGUGAAGACCUAAAAUAACACUUAUUCACAGUAA